AUGAAGCAUCUUGCAAGCUUUUCUCAAGCAUCACUACUUGCUAGAGAAGAGAAGGUGUUGCAAGAUGCAGAAGUUGUCAUAACGACACAGAGAGCUCGUAUAGGGGAAUUAAGAUCAGAGCUAGAAAGAUUGAAUGCUGAAAAAGCUUAUUGGUCUGAAACUCAUAUGAAAGAAAUGAAUGAAGUCAUUCAAGAAAAUACAAAACUAAGACUGCAAAUAGAUAAAAUGCAAGCAGAUCUAAAUGCUCUUUUGCACACACAAGGUAGUUCCGAAAAUUUGAUUUCAAAUCUGACAGAGGCUCUAGCAGCAGCUGAAUCAAAUUUGUUAAUAAAAGAAAAUGAUAUAAAAAAGUAUGAGGAGAUCCAUAGUAAAUUACCACAAGAAAAUGAACACUUAAGAAAUGAGAAUCAGAGACUAAUAGUAGAAAAUGAACAAUUUAAACGUGCACAAGAAAAUUCAAAAGAUUUAACAGGUAAUCAAUUUAUACCUGAUACUUUACAAGCGCAAGCAAUAAAUAAUAACCUUUUGAAGCACACUAAAAUGGCAAGAGACCUUGAUUUUCGUACAGAAGAGUUACGAUUAAAUAAAAUGUGUUUAUUACAGCUAGAGAGUGAUUUGAUAGAACAUCAACUACUAGUAGAAAAGCAAAGAGUAGAAAUACAGCGUUUAAAUACUGCAAUAGAAGCUUUAAAUAGAGAAAAAUCGCUAAUUCCUCCGGUAGUAAUGACAAAUAGGCAAAUUGAUAACUGGAAUAGUAUACAAAUGUCAGAAUAUACAUCACCAAAGCAAUUUGCAGAACAUAUAGUUUCAGAACUAACCAAAGUUUUACCUGUUAAAACUAGUAAUUUACUUGAUAGUUCUUUAGAAGGUGAUUUUUUGAAUAAUAAUUGCAGUAAUAUUGAUAUUGUACAAUAUAGAACAAUGGAAGAGCAAAGAACAUUAAUUUCAAAAUUACUUAAGGGACUAGAACAAUUGGGUUUUGCGAGGAGUGAAGCUGAAUGUUAUAAAGAAAGAGCUUCAGAUUACAGAUGGUUUUAUUCUGCUGUUAUAAGUCAUAGUGUAGUAUAUAAAACUCCUAAAGAACAAUCAUCUACAUCUACUAAAGUAUUAGAUCAAAAUGCACCUCCAGGUUUUUUCAACUUGUUAGUACGUGUAGAAUCUGGAAAUAUGUCAAUAUUUCAAAGUAUUGAUGAAGAAGUUCCAUUAUUUACAAUAAAACCUUGGAAGUGCAUAGUUAAUAUUUAUGAAAAAGAUCGUCAAUUUACCUUGACAAGAUCUUCAACAACUUCAGAUCAAGAAGAGCAUCAUAUAUUUUAUUGCAAAACUGAAGAUGAGUUUAAUCGUUGGUACUAUGCGUUGUCCUAUGGUGGGUUUAUCAAUAAUUCUGGUAGAUACCAAAAUAAUGGAAGAAAUGAAGUAAGUGUGUCAAACAAGACAAUAUUUCCAAUUAGUGUAAAAUGGAUUGAUGUUAGUGAAGAUUCACAUACUCCCAAAAUUACUUCAAUAGAUGUGGUAGAUGAUCAGAUAAUAUUAAUACAACUAAGGAAAGUUAUAAAAACAGAAAAUAUGAAUUUGAAUGUGAACGAUAAGAAAAGACAAUUCAUGUUAAAAAAUAAGAGUAGUGGGAUAAGUGAGCAAUAUAUCUUAUACCCAGUAGUUGCAAGUAAUUUCAACGUUUUAAAGGAUACUUUAUUAAAUUGCAAAUGGGCUGAACUUAAAUCAGAUGUGAAUUUUACUGGUUCACAAGUCACCAACAAAGUACUUGGAAUAAAAAAUUCGAUACACCCAAGAGCUAAAGAGAGUAUUAAUCUUCAUGAUGUUAUUUUAGUUAAAAAUUCUCAAGUUUUACUCUUCCAUACUGAAACAAGUAAAAAACCAUUUUCAACAAUAUUUGUUGAUAAAUGUAGAAUAAUUUGUGAUAGAAGAAAAAUGAGUAUACUAGUUAUGAAUGUACAAGAAGACCAAGAAGAAAGCUUUUAUUUUAUGUUCUUAUCAAUUGAAGAUUUCAAUAGAUCAUUGGCACGACUUAGAGAAGGUGGUGUAAAGGAUUACAACAAGCUAGUAGACAAGGAAAUGUCAAAACAGGUAUGUGUUGUGUGCAAGAAUAAAAUGGAUUUAUACAAAAACUAUGUUAUUGAUAAUUCAGCACCAAUUGUAACAAUGACACCAAAUGAUUCAACUUGUCAUAUUGACCGUGAUAGACGAGAAAUAGUACUAAUACAUUCAGAUAGUAAUAAUAAAAAACAGAAGAUAACACUUGAUUGUGCUACUAGUCAAGAAUUUGAAAAAUGGAAUAUUGCUUUAGUUUUUGGUGGGUUCUUACCUGGACUAUCUGAAUCUUGUAUGAGUAAAUAUACUUUCCAAAUAAGGCUAUUUGGAGAUGAGGAAAAUCUAUCAAAUGAAACAAAUGAAAUACAAACUAGUGCAAAGUAUAAAGAUUUUUAUACUAUAAAUAACUGUCAGUCAAUAGAUAUAUUUAGUCACCCAAAGAAUAAAGAAAAAAAUAUUCCUUUGUUAACAAUACCAUUCAAAGAUACAGAUUAUGAUAGCGAUGUAAAGAAGCGUCUAAUCACAUUUUAUACACGACGUGGCAAACCAGGAGAAGUACGUAUAAUAUUAAAUUUACAAACUCUAACAAACUUUGAUAACUUUAAUAAGGAAUUAAUAAAAAUUGAUUUUCCCAUGGUACAUGAAAACAAAACAUCCAUGUCAAAAGCAGAAUAUAUUAUAGCUGCUAAGUAUAAUUCUGUGAGUGUAUAUUGUACUGUGAAACCAAAGGAAACUCAAAAUAUACCUACUGAGGGCAUGACUCAAAUUAUAGAUGAUAAUGUUACAAGGAAGUUUCCAUCUUCUGGAUCAAUUACCUACAAAGUAGAUGAAUAUCAUUGUGUUGUUAGCCGUACAGGUAGAUCUGUUUCUUUAAGACGCAAGGAAGAUGAUUAUGAUGUAUUAUCAGUACGUUGUAAAUCAUUAAUAGAAUAUGAAAGAUGGGAAAGAGCUAUGUCUAUUGCUGGCUUUAUAAACAACGAUCCUCCAUCUCCACCUGGAUAUCUACCACCAAUAACUUAUCUGUUUCAUUCACUUGACUAUGAUUAUAGAAAACAGCCAUUAUUACCUGAUGUAAAUAAUUCUGUCGCUGAAACUACAAAUAUUCAAACAAAAGCUAAUGCAGGACCCCCUCCAUCUAGCAAGUCUAUUGCUAAAACAUCUGACCAAAAUUUAUCGAAAAAUAUAAAUCUCAAUAAUACUACUCAGAGGGUAUCAAUACCUACUAAAGAUACAGCUGAAAAGGUAUUAGAUCAAAAUAUCACACAUAAUCAACCUUUUCCAGAAGAAUUGAUAUAUAAUAAGACUAAAGAAAAUAUUUCUAAUACACUUUCUAAACUAGAAAGUAUAAAUGAUUGGGAAGACAAACCUCAACUUGGGUCAGAUUGUGAGGAGUUUAACUCUAGCUGUGAGAGCAAUAAUGAAACAUAUACUAGAAAAGACCUAAACAAUUACUUAGAUGAGAAUCACUCACUUGAUUCCAAUAUUAAUUUAAUUUCUAAUUGUGAUGAUGAUAGUGAUCUAACAACGUCAGAUUUAUCAAAACAACUCAAAAACAUUACUAAAGAUGAUUCCUUAUUACUUUCAAAGCACCCAAACUUAGUAUGGGACUUAAUAGAAGAACAAGAUCGAAAUGAAGGUGAGAAAGAGCCAGUGUAUAAAUAUAAAAAGAAAAAAGGUAUUUUUGGUAUUCUUGUUUCUAAAAUACGAGAAAAGGUAUAA